AUGCAUUACAAGAGAGAUGGAACCUUGGAUAUGCGAUACAGUUCAUCAAAAGCAGCAACGUCAUCUGGAUUUGGUAUGGGUUCUUUUGGAUCUUCUGGAGGCUCAAAUUAUUCACCAAUAUCAUCUGGAUUCGGCAUUGGUUCUUUUGGAUCUUCUCGAAAUACAGGAUUUUCACCCAUGUCUUAUGGAUCAACCGCUUCUUCUGGACUUCACCAUAAGAAGGACGGUACUUUGGAUAUGCGAUAUAGUUCUUCGAGAUCAGCUGCAUUUUCGGCACAACCUAUUCAUGUCAGUCGACCAGUUACUUCUUUUGAAGCUCAUCAAAAGAAAGAUGGCACUUUAGACAUGCGAUACAACUCUUCAAAAAUUGCUGCAGCUUCUACGCAGUCAAAUUAUAUUAAUCGGCCAACUUCUUCCUCGGAACUUCACUAUAAGAAAGAUGGUACCAUGGAUAUGCGAUAUAACUCUUCAAAAACUGCAACCCCUUGCUCGACGUUGUCUACUUAUGCUAAUCGACCAUCUAGUUCUUCUGGACUUCAUCAUAAGAAAGACGGUACUUUAGAUAUGCGGUAUAGUUCAUCAAAAAAUGCCAAUCAAUCAGUCAGUUCGUCUGGACUUCAUCAUAAGAAAGAUGGUACUUUGGAUAUGCGAUAUGCAUCUUCUAAAAGUGCCAUGAGUAGAAACGCAUCUGGAUAUCAAUAUUCUAAACAAGGAAUACCAAAACAUAUUCCAAUGACAAAAAGCGGUAUUCCAGAUAUGAGAACAACAGCUGCUAAAGAUUGGGUUAGACAGCAAGCUCAAACUAGCAUAGAAGAAAUUCCUUCAUGGAUACCUAAAACUAAAGAUGGUUCUUUGGAUACUUCAAAAGCAAUAACACAAGAAUACUUAAAAUGGAAAGGUACAAUAUUAUCGAAUUACGUUCCAGGUCAACGAUUAGCUUAUUAUGAUCAAAAAUUAGAAGAUAUGCAAUUUAGAAAUCUUGUCGAAAAUGCAAGAGAAGAUGAGGUUGAAAUGCCUCAGUAUGAAAUGUUACCGGAAACACCAGAAAUGCAACGUCAAUUGUGUCCUCAACCGACGAGAUAUUACAAUACAAGACAAGAUGAUUAUGAUAAUGAUGACAGUUCUCAAUAUGAUACCUUACGUGAAUCAUCAGAAGAUCAACAUCAUUAUCCUUCUCGAACGACAAGAAAUUUGUCUAGACAAGAUCAACGUCCAUAUUCUUCUCAAAAAAUGAUAAAUUCAUCUAGAGAAGAUUAUGAAUAUGAUAUUCGUAGUGAAGUUUCAGAAUCAAUUCCAGUGAUUAAUUAUAGAGAUUUAAAUAUUGAUCCAGAGGAUAAAUUAGGUCAAGGAUCAUUUGGUAUCGUAUAUAAAGGUGAAUGGAAUCAUCAAAUUGUUGCAAUAAAACAAUUACAUUUAAAUAGAUUAACUAGACAAGAAAAAAAUUCGUUUGUAAAAGAAAUCAAAAUUAUGUCAACUUUAGGUGAACAUACAAAUUUAGUUCAUUUAUUUGGUUAUACAUUAGAACCACCUUGUUUAAUUAUGGAAUAUGUUGAAUUAGGUUCAUUAACUUAUUUACUUCAUUAUUGUGAAGAUCAACAAAUAGAAGCAAAAAUAACAGAUGGAAGAAUAAAGAAAAAACUUAUUCUUGGAAUUGUUCUUGGAAUGAAUCAAUUACAUGCUGUUAAUAUCGUUCAUGGAGAUUUAAAACCUCAAAAUGUAUUAAUUUCAAAUGAUUAUAUAGCUAAAAUAACUGAUUUUGGAUUUGCAACAUUACGUGGAAAAAGUUCAAGUUCAGUUGCUUCUUCAGUUACAUCGAAUGAUGAUGAUGGAGAAGUACGUGGUACAGCAGGUUAUAUGGCUCCCGAACUUUUAAAUAGUUCAAAUCCACCUGAAUGUUCUAUUGAUGUUUAUUCGUUUGGUAUUGUGUUGAAUGAAAUUAUUCAAGAAGAAGAACCAUAUGCAGAUCAAUUUCAAAACUUUCUAGGACGAGGACCAUUUGCAGCUGUUAAUUAUGCUCGAUUAGGUAAUCGCCCACGAAUAAAUGCAACAACUCCAUCGUUCUUUAAAAACUUUAUUAAAAAAUGUUGGGAUACUGAACCUCGAAAUCGACCAACAUUUAAACAAAUUUUCCAUGACCUCAAACCUUCUCAUAUUAACUUACCGGACUCCUUUCAAUUAUAA